AUGGAUCCCGAAAAGGCUAAGAGACAUGUCGAGUUUGUUAGUGGUCACACUGGAGGAACUGCUUUGGAGCUUAUGGGAUUGUUACUCAUUAUAUACUACGCCUUCUUCAUCAGGCUUGAAUGUGAAAGAUUGUUCUUUCGGAAACUUUCGCGUAUUACAACUCUUAUCAUCGACUUCUUCCUCAUUCUCCUGCAGACUGUUCUCCCCUGCACACUGCUCUCCAAUUACCUCCUCGAGUAUCACUUUCUUCUUUUCUUCAUUGCCGUUAUCUUCAUGCUCAAAGCCCCCAAGCACCCACCCAGCAUUCCAAUCCAAGAUGGUUACAUAGCUUUUCGUCGGAUUAUUCGAGUUGUUGUUCUUCUUUACACAACUAUCUGCAUCUACGGUGUCGAUCUGCCCGUCUUUCCAAGACGCUACGCCAAAACGGAGGUCUCUGGUGUAUCUUUGAUGGAUGUGGGUGUGGGAAUGAUUGUGGUAGCCAUUGGGCUCUCUAACGCGGCCUUUCUUGACGUCGCACAGACCAAAUCGAGAAGCAAGAUUGUGAGCACUCUGAUGAAGGCUUCACUUCCUUGCCUCCUACUGGGAAUGAUCCGAACUGUAACUGUUAAGGCUUUGGGAUAUCCGGAUCAUGAAACGGAGUAUGGACAGCACUGGAACUUCUUUUUCACUCUCGCUUUUAUCCGGUGUGGGGGCAUUCUUGCGACAUACACUUUCUCUGGAAUGCGCGAUUUCGACUCCAUGACCAUUCACUUCGCUCUCUGUGUGGCGCUGGCCUCCAUUCAGCAAUUCCUUCUCCUCCCAAUGGCCGAUCACAUCUUUCCUCAUAUCACUCAGCCCGAACUCUCCCCCCGUCCCUCCCCAACUGGAAGCUUCGAUCUCUGGUGGUUAGUUCAGGCUAACGCUGAGGGCAUUGUCUCCCUGCCUGGUUAUCUCAGUCUCUACUUCUACGCAACCGCUCUCGGCAUUGCUGUACGUCUGCAUCUCGAACCGCCGAAAGGAAACGGCCGGUCGGAGGAAAAAUUGAAGUUUCUUUGUAGACAAGGCAACGAAGAAUGGUAUGUCAAUUAG